CUGGCUGUAGAUUUUCCAGUGAAGACCCACACCCCGCUGGACGGAACCGAACCUCUGCUUUUAUAAAAACACCUCCGGUUCUGAUUUUAAUUUUAAUUUGAGUUCUCUUUAAAGUUUCGGCGCUGGUUCCGGUCCGGUUCUGGUUUUGUUCACGUCUAAUUUUCGGCCACGUCUCCUUCCUCUGCGGUCUUGGGUGUGUUAGGGUGACCCGUACCGGAGUUCUGCUCCAGUACCGCGGCGGUUCUGUCUGAGGAAUGAGCCGGACUCGGGUCCAGCAGAAACGGUACCAUCAUGGAUUAUAAAGACCUGGGGGUCCGUCUGGAGGAGCAGCUGACCCUAACAGACAAGAGUCUGCCCCUGCAGCUGGACUCUCAGUCUAUCCAGAACCAUGAGAAGAAUCCAGAGAAGGACCUUCUGAGUCCAGAUGACUCGGCCGUCUCAGACCUGUCUCCUAAAACAGACACGCCCUCCAAGACAGAAGUGUCCUCGAGGACCGAAGGCCGACCCUCCACCCCCGGCUCCAGCUGCAGCCCCCAGCCCAAGAAAGACUCCAUGAGUUCUGAGCAGAGACAGAAACUGGCCCGAGAGCGGAGAGAGGAGCGAGCUCGUUACAUCGAACAACAAACUCAGCUCCAAGCGGCAAAGAAGGCCCAGUGGCUGGAGAAGGAGGAGAAGGCCCGUCGGCUGAGGGAGAACCAGCUGGAGGAGCGCAGGAGGAAGCUGGAGGAGCAGAGGCUGAAGGCGGAGAAGCGUCGAGCCCUGCUGGAGGAGAAGCAGAGACAGAAACUAGAGAAGAACAAGGAGCGAUACGAAGCCGCAAUCAAGAGGUCCACCAAGAAGACAUGGACCGAGAUCCGCCAGCAGAGGUGGUCCUGGGCCGGCGGACUGAACCAGACCUCCCGCAGAGAAAGCAGAUGCUCGGCCUCCACGGUCAACUUGCCGAGACAGGUGGACCCUGUCCUUAACAACAGGCUGUCCAAGUCCUCUGCCACGCUGUGGAACUCCCCCAACAGAACCCGCAGCCUGCGUCUCAGCCCGUGGGAGAGCCGGAUCGUGGAGCGGCUGAUGACGCCCACGCUGUCCUUCCUGGCUCGCAGCCGCAGCGCCGCCACGCUGCUGAGCGGGGGCGACUCAGGCCCGUUUGGGUCCAGCUCACAUCAGCACCAGAGGCUUUCCUCAGCCAGCACACCGGACAUCACACAGCGAGCACGCCGACGCAACUCCACUCCGGUGGAGAAGAAGAAGAAGGAGAAGAAGGACAAGGAGCGGGAGAACGAGAAGGAGAAGAACGCUCUGACCAAAGACCGAGCACAGAAGCAGAGACUGAUGACAUCAUCACCCAGCGCCACCAUCCACAGAUCCAGACCAGAGAGCAGUGUCUCACGGUCCAGGAACAGACCUCCUUCUCCUGCGGCUCCUAAACCUCGUCCUCUGUCUCCGUUGGUGCCGUCAGCAGGCAGCAGGACGCUCCCCGGCAAAAAGACUCCUCCUCCUCCUCCUCCUGCAGGAACCAGGAGCCGACCCAAACGGGCCCAGACCCCUGUCAGAGUCCAGCCCCAGGUGGUCUCUACCGUCACCGUGGAAACAGGACCUGAACCCCGACAGGUUGAUGCUUCGGAGGAGAGGAGGAGUCAGUCUGGUUACCAUGGUAACAGUAUACUGCAGUGAUACAUCUGACUCCUCCUCUGACUCCUCCCAUGUCUCCUCCUCUGACUCCUCCUCUGACU